AUGUCAGCGCCUGUGACAACGUCCUUCUUUCCCGAGUUCAGCGCUCAAAACGAGAAUGAUGCAGCUCUGCUGACUCCGAUCUCUCUUACACCGUACAACACCUCAAUGACAAAGGAGGUCUAUCCUGAGGAUGUUGUGCAAGAUCAGAUCCAUUUCUUUUUGCCAAACCAGACCAUAUCUCGAUCACCGUCACCAGCAGACACCUCACACUUGAUAAUGCCGGAGGGAGAUUUCGACUACCAAGACGGGGUGGCGCGCAGCAGUAUGCCUCGAGCACAUGCUAAUGUUUCAUCUGCCUCCGUCGCCUCGUCUCUUGACGCCAUGUCACCAGGCAGAGACAGAUCUUUUAUUCACGAGUUGAUAGCUCCUCCCACACUUCCGACAAAUGGUCAAGCAGACAUGGCGCAUUUUAGCGGCCAAUUUCAGUCAGGACCUUCACCGCUCACUGUUGCAUUAUCGGAUACACCGGAUUUUCCUAAGCUUUCUCCCGAUCCUCUUCAGCACAAUCACUUUCUUCAGCCUCACUUUCUGCCCACAGGUCGCCAGGACGAUUUGACCUAUCCGGAUAACUCGCAUGUACAGGCCCAGAUCUCCGUUUAUUCAGACUCUACAUGCCCUGAUAGACCGGAAAAUAUGCCCAUUUCUUCUUUUGUUUGCUCUGCCGCUUCUGCACUCAACCGAUCCUCCAUCGAAAUGAACUUUGACCAGUCUUCACUUUUGGAGGCCUCUGCUAUUAUGCCUGAUUAUUCCGAUGUUCUCUCGAGCUUGAGUCACCUUACACGGACCCACAGCGGUACGACUGCAAGGCUGUGUCCCAGUCCAUUGCAGACCAUCAAUGAAGACCCGCUGACAACGAACCAGACACAGUCCCUCCUCCCGAUCUCGGCGUAUCAUAAUGCGGGAAUGCCUCAGUUUGGCCAUGUCACUGUGUCACAGGCAGCCAAUGUUGCGUCAGAUGGGUCUAUUGCGAUCAGCCUGAAUCCAACUAAACAACCUCAACAUGGAGUCUCCGACUUAGGCCUCGGGACGUCGGUUUCUGUUUCUUCAUCGUGCACAAUUGGAUCCUCUUCUACGAGGUCUGUAUCGGCAACAAGACAAAAAACCAACGAUGUUAUCAUGUCGAAAUCACAUCACGACUUUGGGCGCCCCAGAAAGCCUGACAAAGCAUCUGCUCGAAUGCUGAGUUUAGUUCAACAGCCGUCUUCAUCUACAAAUGCUGUGAAUCGCGAAUCUCUGGAGAUGAUGAAGACGAGAUCUGUGCUCAGUAAGUUAAUGAUUAUCUUGACAACUUAUUUAGGCUCUUUAGGCAUUUUUCUGAGCCAUAUUCUUCUUAUCCUACAAUGCCAGGUUAUGCGAUCAGGCAAGAUAAAACUAUAUGAAGAAAAGCUGGGUUUCGAGGAAUCUCUUGUUUCAUAA